AUGGUCUGGUGCUACCUUUGCAAUUGUUCGUUUGGCAGCCAGGAGGCUCUCAACCAGCACACACGAGCCUCGUCUGCACAUUCUCCAUCCUAUGACUGCGGACUUUGCAAUCGGUCCUUUGGAAGCCAGGAGGCUCUAGACCAACACACACAAAACUCCCCUGCGCAUGCUCCGUCUUAUGACUGCGGAAUCUGCAACCGAGCAUUCAACAGCCAGGCGGCUCUCGACCAGCACACACGAGAUUCGCCCGCACAUGCACAGACUUAUGACUGCGAGCUCUGCAAUCAAUCAUUUGGGAGCCUGGGUGCUUUUGAUCAGCAUGUUCAAGACUCCCCUGCGCAUGCGCUCACCUAUGACUGCGGGCUCUGCAAUCGGUCAUUUGGAAGCCAGGAGGCUCUCGACCAGCACACCCGAGAUUCGCCUGCACAUGCUCCGUCCUAUGACUGCGGAAUCUGCAAUCGAGCAUUCAACAGCCAGGAGGCUCGCGACCAGCACACACGAGAUUCGCCUGCACAUGCGCAGACCUUCGAUUGCGAGCUCUGCAAUCAGGCUUUCGGUAGUCUGGACGCGCUCAAUCAGCAUGUGCGAGACUCGCCUGCACAUUCCGGACACUCUACGACACCCUUGAACGCAUUUUUCCUAUCUUUCGCAGGGUUCGAUUUCGAUCCAAGCUUACCCCCUGCCGAGUCGUAUAGACGUCUGCAGAGGUAUUAUGAUUGGGACAGAGAGGAUCCCGAUUCUAAACGCGCUUGGAUUGACUACCAACGUUCCCUUGCAGAGGAAUUCAACCUGUGGUUUGGAUCGGAGAAUGACCUCAGUGCUUGGCAUUCACUUUGUACAGCCGUGAAUGUCUCUCCACUACCUACAACCUGUCAUGGAUGCCAGAAGGUUGUAAGAGGAUUAUAUGUCAACAUUGUGGAUCUAAUCGACUGGGCUCGCGGGGGACGGAAUGGCGACGGGGUACGACGAUUCGACAGCCUAGGGGACUUACGUGACUAUUCACGAAGGACUGGUAAGAUCUUCAGUAAUAAUCUGGGUGAGUCGGGCAGUGGGGAUGUUGUUCUCCGGCAUUUGCUUCGGUUUAUAUUCCGUUCGGCCGUCUGA